GAACACGCUCACAAGAGCCGCACACUCCACUCAUGUCUUCCCGGCUCUCCUCCUUCACUUUCGGUAGAAACACUCUGGCUCCUUGACCAUCCGCUCUCGGCGUGUCUCACCACGUAUGGAAGGGGUGCUCCGGGUUUGGUUUCAGGCGGCAGCCGUUCUCUGGCUCGUCCCCGGGUUGUUGGGAGGCGCAGCUCGGCUGUACACGGAAGAGGACCCGCUGGUGAUCCUGAGUGGCAGCGGCUUGAAGCCCACCGUCACUAACUCGUCGUCGGCCUGGCUAGUCCAGUUUUAUUCCUCCUGGUGUGGACACUGCAUCCAGUACUCCAGCACAUGGAAGGCGCUGGCUCAGGACGUGAAAGACUGGCAGGAGGCCAUUCGUGUUGCUGUGUUGGACUGCGCUCAGGAGGAAAACUUUGGUGUCUGUAAAGACUACGGAAUUAAGUUCUACCCAACGUUUAAGUUCUUCCGGGCCCACAGUCCCUCCACAGACAGAGGAGCCACCCACAGAGGUGCAGACCGGGAGAUUCAGUCUGUCCGCCAGCUGAUGGUGAACAUCCUGCAGAACCACACCAAGGUGGACCGGCCCCUGCUCUGCCCCCAGUUAGAGCCAUACAGCGCUGCCAAGCUCCUCCCCCUGUUGGGCCAACAGUCGGAUCAAUACACUGCCAUCAUCGUGGAGGAACCAGGAUCCUACGUUGGACGGGAGGUGAUCCUGGACCUGCUGCAGUUCUCGGGUGUGCAGGUAAAGCGUGCUCUGAGUUCUGAGCGUCCCCUGCUGGACGCUCUGCAGAUCUCAGUCUUCCCCUCCAUCUACCUGCUGCAGCCCAACGGGACACACACACACCUGAACAGCCAGAAGCGUCUUCGGUCCUUCUUCUCCUCCCUGCUGAGGACGUUGCCGGGUGUCCAGCGCCGCAGCAGGUCCUCGGCUGCUCAGACGGGGACGCUGGUGGAGAAACGGACCUCAGAACCAUGGCGAGACUUUGACAGGUCCAAAGUGUACAAGGCUGAUCUGGAGUCAGCGCUUCACUACCUGCUGAGAGUUGAGCUCGCCGCUCACAGCACCCUAGAGGGGGCGGAGCUAAAGGUCUUCAAGGAUUUUGUCACUUUGGUUUCCAAGCUGUAUCCGGGCGGAGGCUCGGUGGUGAAGCUGAUGGAGACGCUCUCUGAUUGGCUGCUCAGUCUGCCGCUACAGCGAAUCCCCUACCAGGCUGUCCUGGACCUGGUGGACAACAAGAUGAGGAUCUCAGGUGUGUUCUUGGGGGCGGAGCUUCGCUGGGUUGGUUGCCAGGGCAGCAGGGCAGGGCUCCGAGGUUACCCAUGUUCCCUCUGGACUCUGUUUCAUGUUCUGACUGUCCAACAUGAAGCCAUGCCCACCGCCCUGGACAACACAGGUUUGGAGGGCGAGGCAGCGCCGGUGCUGCAGGUGAUGCGCCGCUACAUCCGGACGUUCUUUGGCUGUGAGGAGUGUGGUCGACACUUCGACCAGGCGGCAGCCAGCAGCAUGGAAGGCGUCAGGACCAGAGAGCAGCAGCUUCUGUGGCUUUGGAACCAGCACAACCGUGUCAACACCAGGCUGGCCGGCUCGCUUAGCGAGGACCCAGUCUUCCCCAAAGCUCCAUGGCCAAGCCCCUCCCUCUGCCCCUCCUGCCAUGAGGAGAAGAAUGGCGUCCACGAGUGGAACCAUGACAGCGUCCUGCGUUUCCUCCGACAUCACUACGGCGCCUCCAACCUGUCCCCCAAAUACUCCCUGACCCCCCCCCCACUUUCUGCUCCUUCUCCUGAUCCAGUCCAGACUGAGCAGCCUCGGUUGGGGCUCCGAGGAACAGAUGAAGGAGCGAAGGAGGGUCCAGAGAGGAGGCCCCAGGAGCAGUCAGAACCUCGACCCCGACACCUGGCUCUGAGGGAGAAGGAGGAGGUUCUGGUGUUGGAAGGAGGAGGAGGAAGAGGAGUAUGGAUUCUGGGUCUGGGCUUCAACAGUGUGGACAUGAGUCUGUGUGUGGUUCUGUACGUCUGCUCCUGCCUUUUCCUCAUGCUUCUCUUCUUCUUUUUCAAAGUCCGAUCCAAGAGGUGGAAGCUCCGGCACUCCCGCCUCCACGUCUGACCGGGUUCAGACCGGUUUGAACAGGAGCAGAGCCAGUUUCUGCAGGGCUGACUUGGAGGUUAUACUGUCAGCUGCAUCGGUUAGCCUAGCUUAGCUUAGAGUAGCAAAUAUGCAGAGCUCAGGUUGUUCUGAUAAAAGACAGAAAGUAAACCAGUUUGUGUAAAAAUCCUCAGAAAUAACUGUUUUCAGCCCUGAACCAGACGACUCUGGUUCGACGUUUUCAUGACUCUGGAUUUGUUUAUUUUCUACAUUUCUGACUCGAACUGGAUGGUGUGAUCACGUGCAUUUUGUCAGACUUGGUCUGGACUUUAUUACAGAAUCCCCCCACAGGGACAUGGACAUGAUGGGAGACCAGUAGACUAUUAACAGUAAUAGAUGAGAGAUGAGUUCACUUUGUGCCAAAUGUUAUCCUGCUGAUUGGAAACACACCUGUCCUCUCAGGCCCUUUUCUGAACAUUGAAUGUGUGCGUGUUUAUCUUUGUGAGGACUUCUGAGUCCUAGAAUUUAUGAAGGCCUUUUGGAAGACCUUAAAAAGAGUCACAGUUUGGUUUUAGGGUCAGGGUUAGAACUGAGUCAGGUGCAGAAAAGGUCAGAUUCAGAAACCUGUAGACACACACCUAUUCUUGUUUUUUUGUAGUUGUUAGCGACAAAUCUGACAGCACGCUUAAGACUGAACAUAAGACGGAAAUUUAAUCCCGGUGAGUUGUCUUUUUUUUUUCUUUGUGUUUAGACUUGGGAUGUCAAGAUUAGUAGAUUUUCUUGGUGUGAUUAUUGCUAAAGUAAUUAUCUUAAUUAUUCUGCAUUAAUUCAUUUCCAACCCCAUAAAAAACUACAUCAAAACUCCUUAUAUGUCUUUAAGUUUUAUUUAUUUAUAUCUUUUGAUGCCAACAUAACAAAAUAUUUGGACUGUAAAGUCAUACACUAUUAAAAAAUAGCCUCUGGGUGCAAAGUGAUGUUUAUUUUGUGUGUGUUUAGACCCACGUUUAGGAUCUGAGUUAAAACCGGGUCAGUUGCAGAAGUCUGCAGGCAAACAUUUGUGCAUGUUUUUUCAACAUAUAAAGGACAUUUUUUAUUUACUUCAAUUAUUCUGACCCCACACUAAGAAGGACUUCUGUGAACAUCGGAUGGUAAAUUCAUCGCUGGAGAUGCAAAGUUUUUUAGUGUUUUAGGGUCAGGGUUAGAAUCCAGUAGAAUCAGGGCCAGUUCUUUUAGUCAAACGGUUUCAUACCCAGGUUAAGGUGUGUGUGUGUGUGUGUGUGUGUCUGUGAGUGAGCAAGGAACUGAGUUAUUGUGCAGUCAAAGGAAAAAUUGACUGAUUAAAGAGAAGCUUCCUGGCAGCUUUGUGUAUUUAACUGAGUCUCCUCCAAAUGAAUGUUGCUGGGAUAAAAACUAAAUUUAAAGAAAUUUGACGGAGACAGAAGUAUGUCAUCAAGGUUAAAACAUAAACCUAUAAAUAUAUUUAGUACAUAAAUGUGACUAGGACUGUUUUUUCUGUUUAUUUUUCAUUUUAUUUAUUUUAAUACUUUUUAUAUUCGUAAACAAAUUGGUUUCCGUGUUAAUCCUCUGCUGCUUUUCAGCUCUGAUUCUUUUUAAUCGGUCUGUUUGUGUUCAAUGUUUCAUACAUAUUUUACUUUUGUGAUUGAUUAUUUAAACUCUUGUAAGAAAAUAAAUCCUGUUGCAGCU